AGCCCAUUGUAUACAGCGGAGGAAACCCUGUGCCGUAAGCAGCCAUCUUGGAUAGACAGAUCAUACUUGAGCCAGGAUAACCUGCAUUCCUCUUCUGAAGAGCUCAAGAACACAAAGCUCAAAAGACUUAAUUCCUGAGCCACAAUGGCCACUGCACCGUACAACUACUCCUACAUUUUCAAAUACAUCAUUAUCGGGGACAUGGGGGUAGGGAAGUCAUGUUUGCUUCACCAGUUUACAGAAAAGAAAUUCAUGGCGGACUGCCCCCAUACAAUUGGUGUGGAAUUUGGCACAAGGAUAAUUGAGGUGAGCGGCCAGAAGAUCAAGCUGCAGAUUUGGGACACAGCGGGACAAGAGCGCUUCAGGGCCGUCACCCGCUCCUACUACCGCGGAGCAGCAGGGGCACUCAUGGUCUACGACAUUACCAGGAGAAGCACAUACAAUCACCUCAGCAGCUGGCUGACUGAUGCCAGAAACCUCACCAACCCCAAUACUGUGAUCAUUCUCAUAGGAAACAAAGCAGACCUGGAGGCCCAGAGGGACGUCACGUACGAGGAAGCGAAGCAGUUUGCUGAGGAGAACGGUCUGUUGUUUCUGGAAGCGAGUGCAAAAACAGGUGAAAACGUUGAGGACGCCUUCCUGGAAGCCGCUAAGAAGAUCUACCAGAACAUCCAAGAUGGCAGCCUGGACCUGAACGCCGCAGAGUCGGGGGUCCAGCACAAGCCGUCAGCCCCUCAGGGUGGCCGGCUAACCAGCGAACCACAGCCCCAGAGGGAAGGCUGCGGCUGCUAAUGACCAAGCAAAACUCCCUUUGUCCUCCCUUUCUCUCUCUCUCUCUCCCCGUCUGUCCUUCCCACCCUCCCUCAACCAUCCCCCCUCCAUCCAUUCCUCCACCUCUGUACAUCCAUCCACCCUCAUCCUACACUGCACCAGGAGCUCCAUGAGAGCAGGGCUGUGGAGGGAAGGAACGGGGGACGGAUAUCGACUUGGGCCAGACAGAGUUGGGCUGUGUGGACUACAUCUUACCCCUCCUAUUCUUCCUAUCUGCCUGUCUGUCUCCCUUUUGUUGCUGUCUCACUCCACCUCUUUAAACUCUGUCAGUGUGUUGUCGUCCCAUAACUCUCUUUUGCUUCCCCCUGCUCUUUGUGCACCAAUCAGUCUAGCCCCCCCCCCCCCCCCCAUCAUAGUAUUGUAGACACCACCACGCAUUACACGGGUUACUGACACUUUAGAUAGAUGUAACGUUCAUACGAUAAUGAUAAACCGAGACUGUUCUUUUGUUUGGUUUUAUAGCUAUGACAUGUAAACACUGCAUUAAGGUUCACUCACCAUCAGUUCUGUAUGAAUCAGAUCUAAAUUAUAAAACUCCUGGCGCCUCUUCUGCAUGGUUUAACAAUCCUACAUUUUAUCGAUAUGUGGGUGUGACAUCUCACUCGCAGCUGAUUUGUGUGCAAUCGGACAGUGAAGGCAAUGGAUUAGUGUAUCAUGCAUCCGCACAGGUAGAGGUUCUCAAGUGUGUGUCAAAGAAUGUGUAGCUGAGGGAGGGGUUUUUUAUUUUUUUUUUUCCUCAGCAGGAUUCAAACCUGCUCGUGGCUUUUAAUUCUGUUUCUGCUGCUCGGCACAAAGCGAGAUCCUUUGCCAGAUGUGGCAACACUGAUGUUCUGAGGAGAGAGGGGGAAACAUUAAGAAAACCAGGGAUUACCCACAAAUUCCUUGAGGUCAAUUUCCUCCGUACUCUUUCUAGGAAGUUGGAUGGGAGUUUUGAGAGUUAUGACACUUCAUUCAUUCACAUCAGUUUCUUUGCACCAGCUCUCUCUCCUGACCCACCCAAAAAUCUCCCCCUGGUUAUAUCAACAAAUUGUCUUUUCCAGCUUUUCUUUGUUAUUGUUUGUUGCCUUACUCUAAUUACUGGUAUUCCUCUUUAAUCUUUGUUUUGCUGCACUUGAUUUCACACUGCUGUUGGACACCAAUUCAGUAAAUCAACUUUUAGAAUAAUUAUUGCAUUUUACUGGAGAAUGUAAAAUUAAACAAGUGGUGGCUCACUUGAACAUUUGAAAUAUUUUGACAUUGUAUCAGCAGCAUGGUCUUAAGCCCACAUCUCAUCUGUUCAGAUGUAAAAACAACCAGUCAACACUGCUUUAUCUCAAGUGCUGCACUUUAGAGCUGAUCUGUUUUUCAUUUGUAUAAUACAACACCAAGCAGCAUGCCCACCCCCCCUCCCCUCCAAAAUACAGUGAAAUAGUCAAAAUCCAAUUGUUUGUUUUCUUUCCAAGUACAAAUUUUCUGUACAUUAGUGAUUCCCUGAUUGGACAGCUGUAUAUAUUGCUUCUUAACUAUUGGUGAUGACCUUGCUACUUGGGAUUUAGACAUUUGCUGGCUCUGCCAAGACCUGUACAGUUGAUGUGCUAGUGGGUUGCCUGUAAUUCAUGCUUGGGAAAUUCUGUAACAUAGUUUCUAUUAAUAAAUGUAUGUAAAGGACAGACACAGACCUCCCCGACUACCCCAUCUGCACACUACUGAACCUGUCGAUUGGUUGAGGGGAGAGGAAGUGGAUUGAGAUGAUGUGCAAAUUAGUAUUUGUCUGCAAACUCUGAUUCCUCUUAUUUCUGUAUGGAGUGGAGAAUGGGGCACUUUCAUGUUUAUUCUGUUUUUCUUUUUCCAAACCAUCGUCACUCUUCCUCAUGGGAGGGGCCUCCAUCGCUGUCUUAACUUUUGGGGAGUAGGGAUUGGUUUGUUGUUGGGGGAAGUUGGUGGGCUGGGUUUCCUUUUUCCUGUCCCACCUGUUUGCAGUCUGAGUGACCACUUCCUGCUUUUGUCUGUCCACAAGUACAAAAAAAAAAAGUACAUAUGUAUAAAUUUUUAAGGAGCUGUGCUAACAUUUAAAUGCGUUCGAGUGUAUAUGAUUUUAAAAUGUUGACAUUUUGAUUUUAAUGACAAAUACUCUAGACAGAAAAAAUAAAUUAUACAUAACCUGUU